CUCAAAUCAGCGCGGUCUGCCCAACAUGACAGGCCAUCGAAUCAAAUCAUGGCCAUUGUCACCCUCGCUGAAGGAUCUCAAGGCAUCUAGAAAAACAAUCUCCAAAUGGUCACUGCUACGGUGGCUGAAACCAGAAAUUGCCUUUGGGGAAACAUUUUGGCCAGAGGUCUUCAGUGCCUUAACGAUGUUGUUUCCAGCACUUCAUGGCUACUACAUGGCGCCUGAUAUUGCUGCGGACGCAUCCUUUCCACCAGGCGUAUGGGCUUUGCUAUAUGCAACUCUUUUUCAUUGUCCGGUCAGCAUGGCUUACCACCUAGCCAAUGCUGCUUUCUAUGGGAUGUCAGGGUAUGAUGCCUUGAACACACCAUUCCGGACCGCUGACCUAGUAGCCAUCCAUUUGUGCUGCAUUGCUUUUGGGUGGGCAGAGUCGCACGGAGAUAUCUCCUACACUAUCUUCCUCAUAGUGAUCAACGUUGGAUGCAUCCUUUCGUUGCUGCGCAGUUUGGCCCUGGGAAGGCGUGGAGGCAGGCAUGAGAACUACUGGGUGGCGUUUGCUGUUUUCCUGUACACCCUACCAGUUCUCAUGCGUUGCGACUACAUCAAUUAUGUGGGGAUUGCGGCGUCUUGGUGCCUUGCAUGCAUUUUUCAGUCUCUGGGUCCCAAGAUGGGAGGUUGGGGACACGGGUUUUUCCACCUCAUGCUGGUGCCAUACUUGCACUUUUUGAUGCGUGGCGCUGCGGCCACAAAUUGAUGUUGUCGUUUUCUAGGCCUGGCGCUGAAUUGGCUGCUGCUUGGGCCAUGUCAAAGACAAAGCGCAUAAUUAUCGGCAUAGAAAAAAGGACAGAAAAAAG